GGCGGCGGCGGCGGCGGCGGCGGCGGCGGCCGGACCCGGAGGCCGGGGAGGCCGCGGCGCGGUCACUGCGAGCCGAGCCGAGCCGCGCCGAUCGCCAUCCGGCCCCCGCGGCCCUCGCUCGCGAUCCCGGCCGGCGGCGCUGUCCGGCGCGGGGCCGGUGGCGCCGCAGCCCAUGGAGCUCGAGAACAUCGUAGCGAACACGGUGCUACUCAAGGCCCGGGAAGGCGGUGGCGGUACCCGAAAAGGCAAGAGCAAGAAAUGGCGGCAGAUGCUCCAGUUCCCUCACAUUAGCCAGUGCGAGGAGCUGCGGCUGCACCUAGAACAUGAUUACCACAGCCUGUGUGAGCGCCAGCCCAUCGGGCGCCUGCUCUUCCGGGAGUUCUGUGCCACCCGGCCCGAGCUGACCCACUGCAUCGCCUUCCUGGACGGGGUGGCCGAGUAUGAGGUGACUCCUGACGAGAAGCGGAAGGCGUGUGGGCGGCGGCUGAUACAGAAUUUUCUGAGCCACACGGGUCCUGACCUCAUCCCAGAGGUUCCCCGGCAGCUGGUGACAACCUGUACCCAGCGGCUGGAACAGGGGCCUUGCAAAGACCUCUUCCAGGAGCUCACCCGGCUCACCCAUGAGUUCUUGAGCAUGGCCCCCUUUGCCGACUACCUCGACAGCAUCUACUUCAAUCGUUUCCUGCAGUGGAAAUGGCUGGAAAGGCAGCCGGUGACCAAAAAUACCUUCAGGCAAUACCGAGUCCUGGGCAAAGGCGGCUUUGGGGAGGUCUGCGCCUGCCAGGUGCGGGCCACGGGCAAGAUGUAUGCCUGCAAGAAACUCGAAAAGAAACGGAUCAAGAAGCGGAAGGGGGAGGCCAUGGCGCUCAACGAGAAACAGAUCCUGGAGAAAGUGAACAGUAGGUUUGUAGUGAGCCUGGCCUACGCCUACGAGACCAAGGACGCACUGUGUCUGGUGCUGACGCUGAUGAACGGCGGGGACCUUAAGUUUCAUAUCUACCACAUGGGCCAGGCCGGCUUCACCGAGGCCCGAGCAGUCUUCUACGCCGCCGAGAUCUGCUGUGGCCUUGAGGACCUGCAUCGGGAACGCAUAGUAUACAGGGACCUGAAGCCAGAGAAUAUUCUGUUGGAUGACCACGGGCACAUCCGUAUUUCUGACUUGGGCCUGGCUGUGCAUGUGCCUGAGGGCCAGACCAUCAAGGGCCGCGUGGGCACUGUGGGUUACAUGGCUCCGGAGGUGGUCAAGAAUGAGCGGUACACCUUCAGCCCCGACUGGUGGGCGCUGGGCUGCCUGCUGUACGAGAUGAUCGCCGGCCAGUCGCCCUUUCAGCAGAGGAAGAAGAAAAUCAAGAGGGAGGAGGUGGAGCGGCUGGUGAAGGAAGUGACCGAGGAGUACUCGGAGCACUUCUCACCCUUGGCCCGCUCCCUCUGUUCCCAGCUCCUCUGUAAGGACCCUGGCGAGCGCCUGGGCUGUCGCGGGGGCGGCGCCCGCGAGGUGAAGGAACACCCCCUCUUCAAGAAGCUGAACUUCAAGCGGCUGGGAGCAGGCAUGUUGGAACCUCCCUUCAAACCCGACCCUCAGGCCAUCUACUGCAAAGACGUCCUGGACAUUGAGCAGUUCUCCACAGUGAAGGGCGUGGAGCUGGAGCCCGCAGACCAGGACUUCUACCAGAAGUUCGCCACGGGCAGCGUGCCCAUCCCCUGGCAGAACGAGAUGGUGGAGACCGAGUGCUUCCAGGAGCUGAAUGUCUUCGGGCUGGACGGCUCCGUGCCCCCUGAUCUGGAUUGGAAAGGGUUGCCGCCCGCGCCCCCCAAGAAGGGCCUGCUGCAGAGGCUCUUCAGCCGCCAGGACUGCUGUGCCAACUGCAGCGACAGCGAAGAAGAGCUCCCGCCCCGCCUCGAGCUCCCCACCCACCUCGAGCUCCCCACCCGCCUCUAGCCCCCUGACUUGAGCGCCCCCCCAACCCCCACGGCAGGGAUGCCACG